AUGGAGACCACAACAGCUGGAGUUACUAUUCAAGCCCCACAGUUAGACAUAAACACUGUGGCGGCUGGUGGUGGAUCGCGACUAUUCUUCGCAAAUGGAAUUUUCGUAGUUGGUCCAGAAAGUGUUGGUGCUCAUCCUGGCCCUGUUUGUUACAGAAAAGGAGGCCACCUGUCAAUCACUGAUGCAAAUCUUGUGCUUGGUCGCAUUCUCCCAGAGUAUUUUCCCAAAAUCUUCGGUCCCAACUGCGAUGAAAGUCUGGAUAGGUGUGUUCUCUGCUGGUUUCAUUGUUUAUAUGAGCCCUCGAGUUUAAGCGAAGCUUCCUACUCCGCCAUGAAGGAGCUAACAAGUGAAAUUAAUGACUACGUUAAGAAUAACCCUGAUGCCUUUCAGAAGGAGUACAGUGUUGAAGAGUUACAAUCCUUAGGAAUUCAACGCGUGUUCAUUCACAAAUACUCCAGUCUGCUGUCGGCUUACGGGAUUGCUUUGGCAAAGGUAGUGAAUGAAGCACAAGAGCCGGCAAAUCUUGUGUUUUCAGAAGGAAUUCAAAGGGUGUUCAUUCACAAAUACUCUAGUCUGCUGUCGGCUUACGGGAUCGCUUUGGCAAAGGUAGUGAAUGAAGCACAAGAGCCGGCAAAUCUUGUGUUUUCAGAAGAAACCAUGCCAAUUAUCGCCGAACGCUUCGCUGCGCUUUCGGAAAAAGCAAUAGGCGAACUUAAGGGUCAAGGUUUCGUGCAAGUCGAUUGCGAACGUUUUUUGCAUAUGAGAUUUGCCAGGACGGACUGUGCGAUCAUGAUCGCGGCUGAUUAUGACUCAAAGCAUCCAGACUCGUUGAUGAACUUUGUAGAAGCUUUUAAUUCUACCUACAAGCGAGAAUUCGGGUUCAUUCUGGAGGGUCGCGACAUUAUUAUUGACGAUAUUCGGGUACGUGCAUUAGCUUCCUCUGGAAGUGAGCACAAAGAAACCAUUGCUGCAGCUGAGGAUCCGGAACAUCCCAAACCUGUUGGCUCUAGCCAGACGUUUUUUGAGGGUGGUUUCCUUGAAACUGCUGUAUAUGACAAGAAGAAUCUUCUUGGCGGACACAUCAUUCAUGGACCAGCAAUGAUUUUAGAUAAAAAUAGUACAAUAGUAGUGGAACCACUGUGCACUGCGAAAAUCACUCAUAAAGGCGACAUUCUACUCGAAGUUUGCAGUAAACGAGAAGAGGCUGCGAGCUUACAGGUAAUAUAUACACUGCUUUUCACUACUACGGUUUCACCCCAAAUUUACAUAAUCGAAUGGUACGGUGGAUAUCAAGACCUAUCAAAAUUCUCUGAACACGCAGCUGAGGCCAUCCUUACGUACAAGUUUUCACUGCGCCUGACUGCUUCUGAACAGAUCUUAGAGAUUAGCUGUUUCACUCUUAACAAACAAUUGUAUCUACUUUUCUUUCUUACUAUUGCUUAUUGCUCUUGCUCUUUCAGCGACCUUAUAAAAACCAUUAUUGUCAUUUUUUCUAAGCCUAUAUGGUCAAAAAAGUAGAA